AUGACACAUCUGGCACGCCCCCGACCUUCCCCGCAACCGCCGGCCGCCGCUUCCGGAAGGGGAGACGAUGCCGCUGCGGCGGCCGAGGACGAGGCGCGGCGCCCGUUCACGGCCCUCAGCCAGAUCCACGGCGACCUCGCGCGCGUCCGCCAGGAGCAGGAGAGGCCGUACAUGAUGCUGCGGAUGAACGAAGCCGGCGGCGGCGAGGGCAGCGAUUACGGGAGCUCGGAGGCCGGGAGCUACGAGUACGAGGAGCAGCUGGGGCACCACCUCCGCCUCCGCCACCAGGAGCACCCGGGUGGCGUCGAUGGUGCUGGUGAUAUCGAGGCUGAGGGUGAGGACAAGUGCUAGGAUUGGACGAGCUCUCUGAGGAGAGUUGAGUACGAGGAGGAGGGGUUCGAUGAUGAUGAGGAUGUGGAGGAUGUGGAGCCAGAGCUAGACACUGCAGAGUACGAGGAUGACGAGGCUUACGCGCGAGUGCUUCAGUACGCCAAGGAGCGCGAGGUCUCCACGCAGCUUAUGGGCCCUCGCUGGGAUUCAGCGAUUCAUGUCGAGGAUCAAAUAAAUGACGUGCAGGAUUCAUGGCAAGAGGUUGAUCCAGAUGAGUACUCAUAUGAGGAAUUAGUUGCAUUGGGCGGAGUGGUUGGUACAGAAAGAAGAGGUCUCUCUGCUGAUACACUUGCUUCCUUACCUUCAGUAACUUACAACACAAAAGACAUGCAAGACGGCAACACAGAACAAUGUGUAAUUUGUCGCGUGGGAUUUGAGGAAGGUGAAUCCUUGGUUGCACUUCCCUGCAAGCACUCAUACCACCCUGACUGCAUUAACCAGUCACAUAAAUAAGGUAUGCGCAAUGUGUAGCGUGGAAGUUUCUACCUCAACAAACAAGAGGUAUGCGCAAUGUGUAACGCGGAAGUUUCUGCCUCAACAAACAAGCAGGCAUGACCAAUAGUUGGCACUUCAAGUUAUACCGAGGAAAAAGAAGUUGGCAGUUGGGAGUAUGUAGUAGCGGCAUCAUUAUAUUAUCCCUGAUGUUUAAACCAGAGCAGCAAAAACUUGUACAAACUUGCGAAGGGACAAACUUGUACAAAUUAUCUCAUGCUUUAGUCUUCAGUCACAGAGAUAUACUGGGAAAUAUUUGACUAUUAGUUAUUCUUUGGAAAGUUUCAUGAUUAUUCAUUAAUGCACAGAGAUAUACUGGGAAAUAUUUGAUUGAUAUCUAUAUAUAUGUAUUAGAAUGCGAA